UUUUAUCUCCUCAUAUUUUUCCUUGCAGUUGAUGUUUUUAAGUGAAGAGCAGAUCAAAAUAUGACGCAGUGAAUGGUUGAUUUUGCUAACAUCAGGCCGCUGGUCGGCAUAGGUAAAACACGUGGCAGUUCAGAGCAGAAUUUAAAUUUUACGUCAUUGAAGAAUAACCCAAGAUCGUGAAUGGUGAGCUGAAGGGGAGGGGCCCUGGCUCCUCUAACGAUUCAAUGCUGGCAUCAAUCCUCAAGAAAACGAAGCAAAAAGAAGAUGAAACAAAAAACUAAAUGAAUCAAAUUGGCAGAACGGCCAAAAUUGAAGGAUAAUUUCUCGCCUGCCGCCUCCACGACAACACGUCUGCGCCUGGAGGCCACAGCUGCGCUGCCUGAAAUUGUGACGUCGAAACUUCGUUAAAUUUUGUGUCGGCAACAUGGACGCUGAGAACAGGGUUGUUCUCAACGUUGGGGGCAUUCGUCAUGAAACUUAUAAGGCGACCCUAAAAAAAAUCCCCGCAACGCGUCUGUCGCGUCUCACCGAGGCGCUCGGCAAUUACGAUCACAUCCUAAACGAAUAUUUCUUCGACAGACACCCCGGCGUCUUUGCUCAGGUUUUGAACUAUUACCGCACCGGGAAGCUACAUUAUCCUACGGAUGUUUGUGGCCCGCUCUUCGAGGAAGAACUGGAGUUCUGGGGACUAGACUCGAACCAAGUAGAACCUUGCUGCUGGAUGACAUAUACUGCACAUCGCGACACUCAGGAAACUCUGGCAGUGCUGGACAGACUUGAUUUGGACAUCGACAAGCCGAACGACGAAGAGGUCGCCAGAAAGUUCGGCUUCGAAGAAGAUUUCCACUCCGGCAAUUUAUCCUGGUGGCAGAAACUCAAGCCUAAGCUCUGGUCACUUUUUGACGAGCCUUAUUCCUCUCGAUCUGCUAAGGUCAUCGGGAUAAUCUCAGUUUUCUUCAUCUGCGUGUCGAUCUUAUCGUUCUGCCUGAAGACUCACCCCAACAUGAGGGUGCCAGAGAUCAGCAACAGAACUGUACAAUUACCGGACAAUACUACGGCCUGGACCCUCGAUAAAACGGCCACAAAGGCCCAUCAGGCCUUUUUCUACAUCGAGUGUAUCUGUAACACGUGGUUCACAUUCGAAAUAUUCAUACGAUUCAUAUCAGCGCCGAACAAAUUCGCGUUCUUGAAAGCUUCCACAAACAUGAUAGACUUUAUAGCUACAGUGAGCUUCUACGUUGACAUUUGUCUACAAGAGUUCGCUUCGCAUCUUGAAAACGCUGACAUUUUAGAAUUUUUCUCAAUUAUCCGAAUCAUGAGGUUAUUCAAAUUAACCCGCCAUUCUUCGGGUCUCAAGAUCCUCAUCCAAACCUUCAGAGCCUCAGCCAAAGAACUGACAUUAUUGGUUUUCUUCUUGGUGCUUGGCAUUGUGAUAUUUGCUUCGCUAGUUUACUACGCCGAAAGAAUACAGGCGAACCCACACAAUGACUUUAACAGCAUCCCCCUGGGUCUAUGGUGGGCGCUGGUGACGAUGACAACAGUGGGCUACGGUGACAUGGUCCCUAAGACCUACGUCGGUAUGUUCGUGGGUGCCUUGUGUGCGUUGGCAGGUGUGUUAACUAUUGCCCUGCCCGUGCCUGUCAUCGUAUCGAACUUUGCUAUGUAUUAUAGCCACACACAGGCCAGGGCCAAACUGCCCAAGAAGAGGAGGAGAAUUGGCCCCGUCGAACACAUAAGAAUGGGGCCAGCGCCCCCCGGGGCCAAACGGGGACAAGGGGGGCCCAAUGCUGCCAACAGAGGCCAGGGACCGAAGAUGGUGGGCAUGGGUCUCUCUGUGUCGUUGAACCCCAAUGGUGUUGGCCUUCAAACUGCAUUGAAAGCCCCCCUCCUAGCUCGAGAACCUUACCCCUGCAACGCUCUUGGUGGCUUCGUUAACGCCGUCGGUAGCAUGCAAGGAAACCCCGGCAUGGGUUCAAUGUUGAGUUCAGCAUUAGCGUCGAAUGUUGGAGCUGCGAAAAAUACUACAGGUGCUGUCAAAAGCAUCAGUGGGGCCGUUAGCAGCGCCGAGGGAACAUUAAAAGGUUCUUUCGAUAAGCGCGAGUGUGAAACUCUUACCAACCUGGGAGAACCGAGUGAUGGCGGUGAAAUUCGUAAGACAACGCAUCUUUGCUGUGCUGAUGCAGUGUCUUCUGUGAACGUAAGUGCCGUGAGUGUUUGUAUGGAUGGAGGUGUGCAAGCUCUUGGUGUUAGAAACUUAGUUCCUAAAGAACAAACUGGACUCUCACCUAAUCAGGUUAAAACCUCUGUAUCAAAAGAGAGCUCUGCAGCAGAAAUUUCAGGUAACAACGGAAGAUCAAGCUUACCGCCUGGCAGUCUGACAACACAACCGAACACUCUAAGACAAAGUGAGACUUCGUUACAGGAAAAAAUGUCAUCAGAAGCUGCAAUUUCUCCUCACAGUGUAAUGCCUAAUAAUGUACGAGCCCCCAGAGAUAAUUUCCCAUCAAUAAAAGCCGCUGAAGAUGAGAACGGAAAACCGGAAGAAUCUCCGAUGUCAGAGGCAAGCGAUGAAUCUCUGGUGCCUAUCAUCGUCUAGAAGAGACAGCUAAGUUAAUCAUUUUUUGUUUUCUGUGUAUUUAUUGUUUUCCAUGCCUUAUCGAUUUUUUUUGCGGGGGUGCUUAACUGUUUACAUUUCUCUUUUGAUAGCACAAUAAAUGUUUGCCUACUUAAUGAUUAAUCGAAUUUUAAUAUCUCUAGUUCCCUGAUUAAUCAUUUUCAGACGAUUGGCAAUUUCAUUAAACCAUCCUUAUAUUAUUUCACUUAAAUUAAAAUUUCUUGCCGGUAUAAAACAGUUUCACAAGGCGCUAUAGAGAUCCUAAAGAUGAACAAAUUAACAAAUGGAGGGUCGAAAAUGUGAAAUUGUAAUUGUUCACUCAUUCCCUAAUUAACAAAUUUCUUCAUCGUCCCUUCCUUAAUUUCCUUCUCUUAAUCCAGAGAUGUUUGUGUUGGUGUGUGUUUCAGAAAUGAAUUUUAUAAUUGAAUAUUAAUCCUAAUAUUAUGAAUAUUCAUCAAUAGAUGAACGACGUAUGAAUUCAUGCAACUUUGCAGCACAUGGACGCUUUGUACGUCUAAUGUGCUCUGUGCACAUGUAUUCAAAAUGUGAAAUUCACUCACACGAUAUCUCUUUCUCAAUCCAUUUCACACAUCUACUUACUGUGUUAAACACCUUCGUCUGUAUAAAAAUAGCAAUUUUAGAUUGUUGGUUAUAUGCAAGAAUUCUGAAGCGAAUGUCAGGAUGAAUGUUUUACCGAGUAUAAUAAACUAUGUAAAGACUACAACUAUCAUAGCAUUUGGGUAGCUUAAGGUCAAAUCAUACAUGACGGGAAUGAAUUUCAUAGAUUAAAUUUCAUGACAAUUGCAUAGCUUUUUUUAAUUUUCAAUUAAACAAAAAUUAUGGUCACAAUGAUUGAUGUUCUUGACUAUGCCGCUUAUUUUUUUAUCAUUUCAUAAGAUCAACAUCUUUCAAAAUCGUAUUAUUUUUCUAAGUCUAUGUUUAUUUCAAUCCAAAUACAAAUAUAAAGUUAUGAAAACCUUGAGUUAUCACGCAAUAUUUUUAUUAUAUUUGGUAUCCACGCUUUUGAUUUAUUCGCCAUAUGAUCUUAUUUAUAUUUAUUAGUUACAGUACAUGGUUCACAUCCUCCGUUAAAUUGUCGACAAAAAGUAACGACAUGAAAUAAAUUUGCAUUUUAAUAGAAUUUUUCGUCGUUUAACUUUAUAGAGACUAAAUACUUAAUCGUAAACGAAUUGGGAAGCUUAGAAUUUUCAUCAUGUAAACGAAAAUUUUAUUCUCUCUUUUCUACGUUUGCAUCAGUUCUAUUUAAAAUUGUACGAAUUAUAGAAAAAUUUCCGGGUACAUUUUAUUUUUAUUCUUACUUUUGUGAACAUUUCAGAAAUAAAAUCUCGUUCAUAGCAUCAUAUAUCAUUCUUCGACGUGUUCAUAGCAUUGUUUCCUUUUAAUAUAACUUGUUAACUUAAAAAAAUCGUUAGGUAGGUUGACAAAGCUAGCGACAUUAUCAAGAUUCAUCUGACCAAAUGUGUAACUCAUAACAUCUUUGAAUAUUAUAAAUGAGCAACAUUACGCUUCGUUACUAAUAUAGACUUUAAGUAAUGUAAGACUUUACAUAGUAAUCGAACGAUAGAUAAAUAUACCUUUUAACAAGUUUCUGAAGCUAGCAAGCUGGGUCGUAUCAGACAAUAUUGUACGAGUCCAGGUACAAUAUUGGAUAACUUAAGGUACAAUAUUGCAGAACUUCGGCACCAUAUUGUAGCAGUUCCGGUACAAUAUUGCUGAACUUAGAACUUGAGAACAACAUUGUAGAAGUUCUGAGUCAAUAUAGAAUAAAAUCCGGUAUAUUAUUGUACCCAAUUGUUACAAUUUAGUACCAGUUGGAAUAAUAUUGUACACAAUUGUUACAAUUUAGUACCAGUUGGUAUAAUAUUGUACACAAUUGUUACAAUUUAGUACCAGUUGGUAUAAUAUUGUACACAAUUGUUACAAUUUAGUACCAGGGCAGUUGGUAAAAUAUUGUACACAAUUGAUGCAAUAUAAUACCAGUUGGUAAAAUAUUGUACACAAUUGAUGAAAUUUACUACCAGUUGCUUUAAUAUUGUACACAAUUGUUACAAUUUAGUACUAGUUUGAGGUAAAGCAAGCGACAAACUUUUGUUUGAGGAAGCUAAGGCUGACCUUGAUAUUCGCGAUGAAAAUUUUCAAUAAAUUCUACUCUGUACUAUAACAUUGAACGAGAUUCUUAUUGAACAUUCAACGAAAAUUAAUUAUUUCUAAAUUUUGUCGGUUUGUAACUGUUCGCGCGUUAAUAUAAUCAUGAUAACAAAAAUUGGAGGAUUGUACGAAUUAUAGGAUGAUUAAAAUGAUUAUCUCUUGAUUCGUCUGUAUAAUAAUGAUGACCAAAACUUGUAUGAUCAUUGCAUUUGGUUUGCCUAUGUAAUCGUGUAGCAAAUAUUGUUGAAUUUUAACUCACGUUGGUAAUUUUGUAGGAUUAUUUAACUCUUGAUGCGUCUGUAUUAUGUUUAAAAUUCUGUAUGAUUAUAAAUCUUGAUACGUUUAAAUAAUCCUAUUGCAAAUUUUGAAGGAUUAUUGUUCUUGAUUUGGCUUUAUAAUAUGACGGCAGCUUACGUACUAAAAGUAAUAUUAUAUAGAGAAUUCAAGGUACUCAUGUAACCUUUCCUACACGCCUAUCAUUAAACAUAAAUAUUUUAUCAAUCAAAUUGAAUAAGUGAUAUUACGAAUUCUUUAAAAGAAUCCACUCCGCACAACAUAUAUUCCCCGCUACUGAAUCAAGUUUCAGAUAAGUUAAUUAAAAAAAACUGUAAUAAUCAUCAAGGCCGCACAACAUAUUU